UUUGCACCUCCCACAGCCGCUCACGGGAACACACAGGAAUCAGCAACCGCUGUACCACCGGAACAGCGCUGAACAUCUACCACCCACGUUGACGGCGAUCCACUCACGCUCAGUACGGUUGCGCAACAGCCCACUGCCGCACAAUCAGCACCACACACGGCACUCCAAAAUCGCCCAAGAAAGCACUGCUCUGAUUCCAGAUGAGGCUAAAAUUAAAGAAGAUCAUUGAUGUCGCGAUGACAAAGUAUACACACCUGAAUGCCUACAAUAAUGUCGGAUCUGGUCUCAAUAACUAUAUUGAGCAAUGCAUUUAUGAGAAGCUCUCUGAUUUGCGUACCCCCAAUCACCCUACCUAUGCUUUGAUGAUACGGAGGGCGAUUGAACAAUUGAAUGAGGAAAAGGGCUCAACUGAGGAAGCAAUAUCAAAGUUUAUUAAGGAAGAUGUUGAGGAUUUGCCACUGGCUCAUGCAAGUUUUUUGAGUCAUCAUUUGAACAAACUUAGUGAGAGUGGAGAGAUUGUUAAAGCUUUUGGAAACCGUUAUAUGGUUCCUGUUGAAAGCACUAAUUCUCUUCUUAAUAGGGAGGAGGGAAAUGUCCAUCGAACUGAAGAUAGAGUCGAAGCAAUAGAAGAACAAAAGCCUGCAGAAGAGCAAAGUGAACAAGACCCACAGGUCAAUGGAACUGAAGAUCUAACGCAAGUGGCAGAACUUGUUGAAGUGCUUGAGGAACAAAUAGAACAAGUGCAACAACUUGAAGUGAUAGAAAAACACAAUGAAGCAAAAGAACACAAAGUUGAAUUCAUUGAAGAAAAAUAUCAAGAACAAAGAGGUGACUCAAUUGAGAAACCAUAUCCAUCUCAAAAGCAGCAAAAUAAAGAGCAAGAUGAAGUGAGUUCACAACAAGGUCAAACACAAAGGCAUGAAAUUGCAGUUAUUGUGGAAGAGCCUAGUGGAGCAGAAGAGAAAAAUAAAGUGACUGGAGAACAAAUUCAAGAAAAACGAGUGGAUGGUACAAUUCUAGAUCCUUGUCUAACAAAGAAACAGCAAAUCGAAGUGCUUAAGGAUCAGAAUCUGCCACACGAUCACCAAAUUGAAGAUGUUAAAAAACAGAUUCAGUUACAAGAACAAAUUCUACUGAUUGAAAAGCUGAUUGAACUACAAGGGGAAAAGAAUGAAGUGAUUGAGAAACAAAUUAACCCACCAACUGAAGUGAGGAGCAAGAUUAUUGGCCUUAGUGAUCUGCAGUUUUAUAAGAAGCCAGAGAAAGAUGAAGCUAUUGUGACAACCCAGAGCUCUUCUCUUACAAGCCAGAGAUUGAAAAAUGAUGGCUCAUUACUUCCAGUAAAGGAUAAGUGUGUAGAAUUGCUGAAGAGGACCAAGAAGAUUGAGGAAAAACUGAUGGAUAUUAUUAGCUCAUCAUGUACAGGGGAGGUGUCAAAGCAUGACACUCUAAAACCUUCCAUAGAAGAACAAGAGAAAAAAAAUCUUAAGAAGCCUGAGCAGACGCAACAAAAAAAGCAAGUAAAACUUUGCGGUCAGCAUGAGGCUCGAGGAUGCCAUCCUGAACCAACUGGGGCCUCCUCUGGUGUGCUAAAAAAUUCAGGAGAGCUUGACGAUGAGCAACAGCAAGAGCAUGAGAAUUCGGAGAUAGGAUUAGAACUUGGUUUAAAGGAAAUGGAAACAAAAAAUAUUGGGCAAGAGGCAUCCAUAUCAAAAAAUUCUCUCAACAUGGACUCAAGGCAGCUUGAGAUGAAGCAACUGGACUUUGCUGAAGGCCGUCCAGAACUUUGCAGCAACCUGAAGCUAUUGGAAUCUUUGCCAGUUAUGAGUUCUCUUGAGGUACCCUCAGAGUCACGUGCACUUGAGCUGGAGAAGAAACCAGAGCUUCCAUAUUCAGAAAGUGCUCUACAGCUCAAAUCAUCCAGAGUGGAGCCAUCAGCUCAAAAGGAGCAGCAGCAGAAAACUACUCUUUGUGGCAAGGCAAAGGCACAUGAAUACCAGGAACAGCUGAAGUGUCAGGGCCAGGGAAGGCAAGUACACCCUCCUCGAUCCCAAGGUGUUUCCCAACUUGAACUUUCUGAAAAAGAUACCAUUAUGGAAUCGUUUUCCUCAAAAAAUCAGUAUGAGCAACUGCAGCAAUUCAAGCGUAAAGGCCGAGGGAGGACUUCAAAGUUAAAGCCAGAUUGGCAUAUGGCUAUUGCGGAAUCACUGCCCUCAGAUGAUCAGCGUCAUCAUGAGCAACCGCUGCCAAAGCAUCGAGGCUGGGGGAGGCCUCCUAAAUCGAAGGAAGAUAUAGAUCCACCUAUUGCUCAUCAGAAUCUAAAUGGACACCAAAAAGAAGGGUGUGAGAGCCAGGGGAGACAUCCUAUUCCUACACCCAAGAGAAAGGCAGACACAAUUUUGCAAGAGUCAAUACCCUUGGAUCACCAGAAUCAUAAUGAAUUGCAGCUGCAGCAGCCUGGUAAACGGAGUCGGGGGAGGCCUCCUAGACCAAAACCAGUUUUAGUUACAACCAUGGAGGCAUUAUUGCCUUCACAGCAGCAGGAGCAACCCCAACGUCGAGGACAGGGGAGGCCUCCUAAAAGGAAGUUGUUUACAGACAGAAUGAUGGGAGAGCCAUUGACCUCAGAGAGCCAACUGCAGCAACCGAAACCCCGGGGCCGGGGAAGGCCUCCAAAAGUGGACCAACAGUAACUUAAAUGUUCUGUUUGUAGUAGCACUAGCAUUAUAAGGUGGCAAUUUUUAUAGUAGGGUUGAUACUUGAUUGGUUAUUUGUUUUUGUAGAAUCGUGCAAAUAAGUUUCAAUCUUUUUUGGUGCAGAUGUAUAUAACGAAAUCCACUCUUCAUUUCUUUA